AUGGGAGCUCUCAGGUAUUUUCUGGGCAUAGAAGCAGACAUGACAAAACAAGGUAUUUUUCUGUCUCAGAAGAAGUAUGCUCGUGACUUGAUAAAGGAAUAUGGUAUGCAUAAGUCUAAGGCUGUUAGAGUACCUAUGGAAGCUCACACGAAAUUGACACCAGAACUGGGGGAUCCUUUAUCAGAACCAACUGAGUACCAAAGAUUGGUUGGGAAACUCAUAUACUUGACCAUUACCAGACCAGACAUAGCCUAUGAUGUUCACAUUUUAAGUCAGUUCAUGCACAAACCGACUACAAGUCACAUGCAAGCUGCAAAAAGGGUUUUGAGAUAUAUCAAUUAUGCUCCUGGACAAGGAGUCUUAUUAGCUUCUAAAUCAGCUGCUCUCCUCACAGCUUACACUGACAGCGACUGGGCAGGGUUUCCUAUGUCAAGAAGAUCGACAACUGGGUUCUGUGUCCUACUAGGCUCCUCACCGGUCUCAUGGAAAUCCAAGAAGCAGACAACAGUUACUAAAUCCUUUGCUGAAGCAGAGUAUAGAGCCAUGGCUCUUACAUCUUAUGAAGUGACUUGGCUCACUCAAUUGUUGAAAGACUUGGGGUUGAAGAAUCUCGGUCCUGCAAUUUUGAAAUGUGACAACAAGGCAGCUUUAUCCAUAGCAGCCAAUCCAGUCCAUCACGAAAGGACUAAACAUAUUGAAGUUGAUUGUCACUUCAUUAGAGACGACAAAAUCAAUGAAGGUUGCAUCAAAACUCAAUACACCCCUUCAGGAGAACAAUUGGCUGACAUAUUCACCAAGCCUCUCACUAUUUCUCAACAUCAUCUCUUAUUUCCCAAGCUUGGCGUUCGAUUCUCUCACACCUAG